GGCCUUUUCAUUGGGCUUAUUUAGCAUUGGUCACACACAACCCUUAACCAUGAACAGUGUGGCAGCUGCUCUCCUUGUGUGGACUCUGACUUCUCCCAGCAGCAGCAGCAGCGGCCAUGGCAGAGGGGAUGCUUGGCCCACACACCGAGCCUGCAGCAGUGGGGGCUUGGAAGUAUUCUACCAGAGUUGCGAUCCCUUACAGGAUUUUGGCCUUUCCAUUGACCAGUGUGCCAGGCACAUCCAACCAUUCCUCAACAUUAGAUUUGGCAUCAUUCUGAGAGAGGACAUCAGCAAGCUGUUUCUGGACAUAGCUCUUGUCUCAGGAGGCUCCUCUUUUCUGAACUUCUCCUAUCCCAUCUGUGAGGAGGAUCUGCCCAAGUUCUCUUUCUGCGGAAGAAGAAAAGGAGAACAGAUAUACUAUGCUGGCCCUGUCAAUAAUCUUGGAUUCGAUGUUCCACAGGGAGAAUACAGGGCUUUGCUGAAGCUGUAUAAUGAAAACCAUGCUGUGGUGGCUUGUGCCAAUGCUACCGUCAUCUGCUCCUGACCACGACCUGCCAGAAAAUACACAGCAAGCUCAGCCUUGGGGAACCCCGAGGUCCCCAGACUCGGUGGUCUGUAAUAAGGGACACUGAUGACCAAGAGAGGCUCCGCAAAGAAAUUCUGCAGGGGUCUCUCUAACCUAGACCCAGAUGCUGCCAGACCCCACAGAUGAAAUAAAGCCUUCAGAAUGAUCUGGUUUUGAUCCGAGGGCCCUAAGUAGACUCGGGGCCCCAGCUGUAAUGGUUCUCCUUAUGUAAUUACAGCUCAUCAAACUUACCUCCUUGUCUGUUCCUUAGAAAGAUUUUCUCACAGUUG